AAAUAUAAUGUUAAUAUAAACUAGAGAUUUCGGAAUCUAGUUCUCUCAAAAAAUGUAGCGUUCUUGUGCAAACAGAAAUUGAAAUGUUGGUAUUUUUAUUUUUAUUUUUUAUAUAUGGAUAUUUCCAGGAACAACAUCACAAUCACACUCUAUACGAGAAAAAUAAAAAUAUGAAUUAGAGUCUAACCAAUAGUGGGCGAGACUUGAAAGGAAGAGAGAUAUAAUAUAAGGCGUGUAUUCUGCGAAUGUCAAGUUGCUGGUAAACUACUCUCACCAAGAAGUUGCCUUAAAACUUGCAGAUUGGUCAAGCUUCGCUCCUCUUUCUUAAGUUUUAUCACCAGUAAUAUCCAGCUGCAUGGUUCUUCUCUUCAUAUUCUAGACUGCUAUAUCACUUUUAUUAAGAAAACUGUGGCGGAUUAUCCAAGCCAGAGUUGUUACUAUGGAAGUCAAAGGUGAAAAAAUAGCUAAGGAAAAGGUUGAUGAAGUGAUAACUGCAGUAUACAAAGUUAACCUGCACUGCCAGCAAUGUGCUCGAGAUAUCAAAAAGCCUCUUAUGAAUAUGCAAGGAGUUCACAACGUGGACGUUGAUUUUCAGAAGGCUGAAAUCAAGGUUAAAGGCGUGAUUGAUGUAAUAAAAAUCCAUAAGCAAAUAGAGAAAUGGAGCAAGAAAAAGGUUGAGAUGGUUUCACCAGAAAUCAAAAUCAAGAACACUGGUGCAACAGAGAAGAAACUAGUCGAGCAAACCAAAAAAGCAAUUCUACGGACAACAUCGAUAAAGGUUCAUAUGCAUUGUGACAAAUGUGAGAAUGACCUGCAAAACAGGUUACUGAAGCACGAAGGUAUUUACAGUGUCAAAACUAACAUGAAAACACAAACUUUAUUAGUCCAAGGAAUUAUAGAAUCUGACAAAUUACUAGCUUACAUUCGGAAGAAAGUGCAUAAGAAUGCAGAGAUCAUUACCUCCAAACCUGAGAAAAUGGAAGAGAAGAAAGAGGUAAAAGAGGCAGAAAUCAAAGAAAAGCAACAAGUUGAAGCUAUAUCCAUCAACUCUACCAAACUUGUAGAAUUCAAGACAGAGAAGAAGGUAGCGGCGCAAACUACAGAGGGCAAUGCACCUUAUUUUAUUCACUACGUCUACGCUCCUCAGUUGUUUAGUGAUGAAAAUCCAAAUGCUUGCAUUAUAAUGUAAACUAGUGAUAUACUGACAAACUGUAAAUCUGUCUCAAUGUCACUGAAGCAACCACACAGCACUGAAUCAUAUGCACAUUAUUUUUCUAAAAUAUCAUGAUUGUUUGCUAUGAUGUCACGACAAAUUCUAGCUGAAUGAUGGUUUGCUGCAAAAAGUAGCUACAGAAAGGCUACAAACGCAUAGCGUGCUCAGCUCUACAAUGGGUCCACUCCAUUAUAUGAGUAGAAAAUUCCUUAUUGAAAACGGGAUUAUGCUAUGCGAAUACACAUGAAAGAUUUAUCUGUAUCCUUAAUAAUCCUCAAUA